AUGGAUCCAAAAAUUGCAAAGGAAUUGGUGAAAGCCAGACAAGCAGUCAAAGAAAAGUAUCGAGCAUUAAAGUCGGAUAUUGCCCAAACGGAAACCCAAUUGCAAAAGCAGUGGAAACCUAUAUCGGAACCGCUGCAGCAGUUACUUGAAAAAGUAGAGCCAGUCAAAGUAAAACCAGAGAACUGGAAAUUCGAAUCUAAAACAUCAACACCUCAGAAAUCACCACUUUCACAGAAAUUAACACCGACAAAUAUAUACAAUAGAUACCUCCCCACUACUACAAGUUUUCUUGAAGACACAUUCUCUAACCUUCCCGAGCACUCUAUUUUACAAGACGUUUCCGGGAUAGAAGAAUCAGGUCCCGAUGCUACAGUACUAGAACGAGAACGUGAUGUUGACGAGCAAAUGAUUGCUCACACACGGGAAGAGUUUCGGCGCCUAAGCAAAACACCUGGUUAUCAAAGUUAUUUAGAACAGUUCCAUCCAUUACCUCGUCAAUAUAUCGAUGAGUCUAUACGGGGGGAUGAAGAGAAUUUUGAUCGAUAUCACGGUAUAACACACGAUUGGAUCGGCGAAAAAUUAAAAUUGGGGAAUACCCCAAUAACCCUCGAGGAGUCGGAUCUAAUCUUAGACAAUAUCAGAUAUCCAGGAACGCCAGGUCUGUACGAGUUGUUGUUCAAGAAAGACCCUCGUGGAUAUAAACAGACCGAUCUGGAGCACUACAUGGAUAUGCUAAAACGGACCAAUGCAUAUCGACAUCCAAAGGGUGUAAAAUAUCAACGUGGAGAUCAUGUCCGCAUAAGCAAACAUAGGACAGCAUUUGCUAAAGGAUACACUCCUAACUGGUCCAAUGAAAUUUUCACAAUCCGUAAAAUACAGUAUACCAAUCCCACAUCAUACUUACUGGCUGAUUCGAGCGGUGACGAGAUUCUAUGUGGAUUUUACGCUGAUAACAGACAUAAUUCGUGGAUUAGAUUAGAUUAG